AUGAAGGCCAGUGCUCCUAAGCCCAAGUGGAGCGACGUCUCAGCAAUGUGUUCGACCACGAAAAGCUAUUGGGCCCAAUGGGACAGCUUGCUGAUUCAGGAUGGAGUCCUGUGGCGUAAAUGGGAAAAUGGUCAGGGAGACAGGUGUCAUUUGCAAAUGGUUGUCCCUAAGGUUAAAGUACCGGAUGUUCUACAGCUGUACCAUAGUGGUUGUUCAGGAGGCCACCUGGGAGUUAAACGAACUCUACUGAAGAUCCGAGAACGGUUUUACUGGGUCCACUGUCGUGACGAUGUCGAGGACUGGUGCCGCAAACAUACAAGUUGUGCGGUUGUAAAGGGACCUCAAAUUUGUAGUAGAGGCGCAUUGAAAAUGUACAAUGUUGGUGCACCAUGGGAGAGGAUAGCCAUUGACGUUGCAGGGCCGUUUUCGGAAAGUGAAAGUUGUAACAAGUAUUUCAUGGUUGUGAUGUAUUACUUCACUAAGUGGCCAGAAGUCUUCACCAUUCCAAAUCAAGAAACUUCAACAGUUGCAGAUAAACUAGUUCAUGAAGUCUUCUGUCGUUUUGGAGUACCUUUAGAGAUUCGCAGCGAUCAAGGAAGGAAUUUUGAGUUUCAAAUAUUCCAGGAAACUUGCCGAGUUAUGGAUAAUCAUAAAACACGAACAACUACCACCCACAAUCUGAUGGAAUAA